GUGAUCAAUUUCAUAAAAAAAAUAAUGACUGUUAAGCAGUCAUUAUUUUUUAGUAUGUUAAGUUAUGUUUUAGUAUGUUAAGUAAUCCCCACAACGUUUUUUCCAAUUCUCGAAGCACUUCUGGGUUCUUCCAUUGGAACGACUGGGCUUUGGUUUUGACGUCCAUAUAACCACGAUUCGUCCCCAGUUAUGAAAUUUCAGGAUCAUCAUUGACGUCGUUUAACAGCUCUCGAGCGCCGCUACUUCCCUACUUUUGUUCAAAAUUGCUGCUACACGUUUUAUGCCCAAAACUUCGGAAAAAAUGGCAUGGCACUAGAAACAAAGACGCCGACGUCUUCAGCCACUUCUCUAAUAGUGAUUAAACGAUUUUUCAACACCAUUUGUUUCACUUCUUCGACGUUUUCAUCAGUUAUUGACGUGCUGGGGCGUCCAAAGCGAGAUUAUAUGUUCGUGAGUUAUGGCGAUCUUCGUUCACGCAGCAUCAGCGACAGAUGCUCAGUAUCAGGAUGCUAUCUCUAUGUCUUCUGACGGUUGGAGACCAAUCGUCGGCACCAGAAGACACCAGACGAACUUCGAACCCGAACUAUCCCGGUAUUCAAAUGCCGGUCCGAACGUCGAUUUUUCCAGAGCGGAAGUAGUCAGCGUCGAUGCUACCACACCGUCCUAUCAACGUUCUUCUGUUUCGAUACAAAGAUCACCUAUUAAGGAUACGGAAGCGGCCAAACAGGGUAGCAAGUUCAAACACGUCCCGAAUAAAGUGACCAACACGUAUUACGCUCUGCCGGCGAGUCACCACAUACCUCUGACAUCGAACUAUCAACACAGUCGGCCGUUGCAAAUGGUGAAGAAGCAUUCGGCAGUUAAAAAACAAGUGACUGGGAUCCAAGCGAAACCUCGCAAGCCCGCCAGAGGGCCUGUCGUAGCCCACACGAGUCGCGAUGAAGUAUUCGUCCCUGCACCCAAUACAGGAACUUUUUCGUUGGUAAAGUCCGUAUCGCCAAAUCUAGGGCAAAGGGAGGCCGGAUCUGGUCUGUUUGGUGGCAAUCAGUUCGGCUUCAAUCAACCAAACGCCCAUAUCGAAUUUACCAACCGGUUUUCACCGUCGGGGGCGGGUAACGCCUUCCAAAGGCCCGUUUUCUUUGCUAAACCGUUCGAUACGGACGUUUACACAAGGAACCUGGUACCUCCUCCGCGAUCCAGCAACGCGCAUAAAGGGAAUCUCAGACAGAAUAACGGCUUGGUCACCGAAGCGACGUCAAAUUUCGAGUAUUUCGGAAACAACGCGAACCGACUAAAUUCGCAGCAGAUAUCGAGUUUCGGAUCCCAUUUCGGCUUCAAUUUGCCCACGAAAAACAACGAAUUAGCCGUUGACGUCCAGGUGACCAAGGAAAACGUCAAACAAUUUCCCGGAAGUUUCCCGCAACAAUCGAACUUCGACCUGUUGUCCACCAACCCACCGAAACCGUUGACCUACGAGGUGACGGAAGGCAAAUGGUUGGACAGUCAGGAUAUUCAGUACAGGCCGCGCAACCAACCCUUCUUAACGCCCCCUAACAAGGCCAAAAUUCAAUCCGCCAGGCCGGGAUUGUUAUUCCAAGACGCUUCGACCCCCAGCCCCCCGAUUAUACAGGCGCCGCUGGUCGAUCUGAGCGUCCCCGCCUUUUUACCGACCCCAUACAAGCCGGAAAACUCGGUAGUACCGACGUCGCCGACGCGAGACGACGUCUCGACCAUUUUCUCGCAAGUGAGCAAGAAAAUGAACAAGCACAGGCAUAACGCGUUGAAGACGAACCCCCUGUUCUUCAACAUCAACGAAGUGUCCACCCAUUAUCCCAUACUGGGCGUGCCGGAAGUCGAUACCGAGCCUGUCACCGAGAUCCAGUCGGGAAUCAACGAGAACAUAGUUAUAUCGGACGAGAGGGGACAGCAAAGGGCCAGACCGACUCAGGCUACGACCCAGAGAGAUCCGACCAAGACGAGAAUUUCGAACAGGAGGAGACCGAGGCCAAAGAGACCAACCACCACGACCACUACCGAGGAGACGGUGGUGGACACGUACGAACCCGUCAGGUCUGACGAGAUGGAAAACGAACCGCCGCCGAGAAGAAGGAGGCCCAGACCCACCCAGCAAAGGGUGCGGGAGCAGGAAGAGGUUACCAGCGAACCGCCGGUGGAGAGAAAACCCACGAGCCACGAGUCAUCAACCAAAUUGAGAGGUAGGUACAGGUACAAGGUACGAGGCAGGAACCCGACCUCCCAAUCGAACGAUGUCGGAGGCAACGCGAGACCAAAGGAGCGACCCAAUUACCCGGAACGAAUAGUGCAGAAAACGGUGGCGGAACCGAAAUAUACCCAGGACACGUCCGAAGUGUCCGUGGAACAAAACUCCGUCGAAGGCGAAAUUUCCUCUUCCUACUCCGACGAAUCGAGCCGGCAACAAGAAUCGGAAGAGCAACACGACUUUGGCAGGUUCCGAGGUCACACCACCGCUCAACCGUUCAUCGAGGAAAUACGGACGUCCGCUGCGCCUGAAAACGAAGUGGAUUAUACUACCACGACCACCACCGCCGCCACCACCACCGUCGAAGAAGAGUACGUGACGCAAGCGGUAGGCACCACGCCCCCUAGCACCACGACCGAAACCAGAACCACGAAAUCAUCCCGGAUACGCAACCGUCUCAACAAAUUCAACGCGUCAAAUCGUCCGCGGUUCAGCGUGAAAGAUUACCGCCAGAAACUGGAUCAGUUGACGUCGACCACGCCCACAACGACAACGGAAUCGCGCAGGUCGACCCAAAGCAUCGCGAGGUUGAGGUUCCCGAGCAGAUUGCGCGGCAAAACGGGUGCGACAUCGACGGCCACCAUUAACAGGAUCGACGAGGACUCCACGGAGCAAACCACCACCCUGAGGACGAGAUUCAAGCCGAAAGAGCCUAGACAUCAAGCGACGACCGAAAGCGACGUUACGACCGAAGAAACGACAACGACGAAGGUGUCCAUCAAGCCGAACCUGUUCUCCGCAAGAAGAAGGGCCCAGUACCCUAACCUCAAAGCUAGGAUACAGAACAAAACGAAGAAGAGCGAAGAUGAAGAGACGACGACGACCGAAGAGGCGACGAACCCGACGGAGGUGUUGACCACAGAGUCGACGACGCCGGAGACGACGUCCAAAACGACGGAAGAGACGACGACGACGGAGGAUAUUAUGAAGACCGACGCCCUCAUGUAUUCCCAAAGGGUGUCCGAUCUGACGUCAUCGUUCAAGGACGAAUACGACACUCCGGGGUUGUUCAAGUCGGUUUCGCCGACGAGCCGGAGGAUUCCGAGUUAUUUUACGAUAUCGACGGACGAUCCGAUCCUCCCAAUCGAGGCGUUCUUCCCGAAGCUGAAAGAUGGCGGCGAGAGGACCGCGAGCGAGAGCGCGUAAGAUGACGGUUAAAUAUUAAAGGUGACACCCGCGGACACUAUUUACAAUUGACGUCUGUGGCCUCUAAAAAUCGAUAUUGCUGACACAUCGAUGACAAUACCAAUCAAAAAAGUUGAAAUAUUUUUUUAAAUAUCUUCGCUAGACCAAGACUGACCGACGAUGUUAAGUCACAGAAUAUACAAACACUUCAGAGUCGAGUUUGAGAACAGUUGAAACGUAAAAAAAAGCUCACGGGCACAGAAAUUGCUUCUCGUAAAUAUUGGAAAUUCAUGCUAAGCGGUGCGCCACCUGGCGGCACUAUCUCUGAACUAGUUUCUAACCUUCAUUGCCUUAAUAUUUCCGUACGUCAAUCGAGAAAAUAUCCGAACCAUUUAUUCUUUAUUAAAAAAACCCUCACAGCUUUAUAACUACCCAAAAAUAACGCGGAAAACAUAAAAAGCAACAUAAAACAAUGCAUGAAAUAAAAGUAAGGUUAAGAUUUGACGUAUUAGUAUGUAGUUCAGCGAUGCCCCGCUCGGGCGCUGCAUUCAUGAUUUUAAUUCCCAAUAACAGGUUUUCUCAAUGUUUUUCUUAAGUCUAUUUAUAAGUUUGUUCAAUCGAAAACUUUUUGGGUCUUACAAUAAAUCGACGAUUUCAAAGGUGUGCGACCGUUAGACGAAAAUGUUUUAUAUUUACCUGAUUUUUUAAAGAAAAUUUUGAAACCUAGGAGCAGAAGGUAACUAACUGAAUGAAAUCCAAAAAUCAGAAUUUCUUGAAGUGAUGUUCGAUGUUUUCCGAAGUAAUCAAUUCCCACCCUUUUAAAUUUAUCCGCCCGUUUAUGACAAAACAACAGAAGUUGAUUAGUUAGGUUCACAUACUCAUCAAAAUCAUGAUAUCCCAACGCGUUUAAGAAAGAAAAAAGGCUAAUGUUCUUUCUAAUUAUUAAAUUUUUCCAAGAGGUUAAGAUUUAUUUUCUAGCGGAAGUCCUUAUUUAAGUAGGUGUAUAUUCUGUGGUAAAGUUUUGAAUAUAGGAGACAAUCUAAUUCAAAAACAGCAACAAAAUAACCAUAUUUAUAUGCCUCCCUUGUUCUAUGGUACUGAUAUUUCAGUAAAUUUCAUAUCGUCAUAGCGUUUAUAUUUUUUAGAACUUUGAGACUCGCAUUGGUAUAAAAAAAUUGCGUUGUUGUCUGUGCCCUAACGUUUUACUUUUAUGAUGCACAUUUUUUAAUGUCACUGGCAAACCAAUCAACAAUCUGAGGGUUAUUGACAUCUUACGCGACAGUUGGCAGCACCUUCGUAAAUAAUCUGCGAGCUUCGUGCGAAAGUAAAAGUAGAAAGACAGCAGAAAUCUGCGCAGAUUUUGGAUUGGGACGACCCAAUCGAAUUUUAACCAAAUGAGUAAGUGCAAUUCUGUAAAAAUAUGAAAUUAUUUAUUUUUUCUAGGAUAAUAUUUAGUGUAGUACGUAAGCGUGAUAUUUUGUACCGUAAAAAUAAAAACGAAU